CGCGCGCGCUCUCUCUCUCUGCACGAAGCUGUCAGCUGUUUCACAUAUUUCAUGAUACAUAUAUAGGAAAAAUGAUUAGGCUAUUUAAAGUGAAGGAAAAGCAAAGGGAACUUGCAGAGAUCAGUGCUAAUGGAAAGACACCUAUCAAGAAGCAAAGUGCAAGAGAAUUACGUCUUCAAAAAGAUAUCAGUGAACUGAACCUACCGAAAUCUUAUAGCAUAUAUUUCCCCAGUGGCAAGGAUGACUUGAUGAUGAACUUCGAGGUCACCAUUCGGCCUGAUGAAGGAUAUUAUUUGGGUGGCACCUUUUUGUUCUCUUUCCAAGUUUCAGUUCCUAUUAAUUACCCUCAUGAAGCACCAAAGGUCAAGUGCAAGACGAAGGUGUACCAUCCUAAUAUUGACUUGGAAGGAAAUUAUGUCUACCUCAGCAUUCUAAGAGAAGACUGGAAACCUGUUUUAAAUACAAACACUAUAAUAUAUGGCCUAUUAAUUCAUCUUUAUACGGAACCGCCCAAUAGUGAAGAUCCACUCAAUCAUGACGAUGCAGCUGCAGUUUUAAGAGACCACCCAAAGUUGUCUGAAUCCAAUGAGCGUAGGGCAAUGGCUGGUGGGUAUGUCGUAACGUUGCAUAUAGCAGCCAUUUGUGAUGCUAAUUAGCACUGAGUUCAUUGCUCGAAGGUUCGAGGGCCGUAAAUUUGGUUGCAGGACUUCCUAGAGUGGUGCGCGUUUUGGGCAUGCAUGAAUUCUUCAAAAUCAUGUAGAAGCCCACUGGGAGAUGUUUGUAUUCUGUGACAUGUUUGAGCUAUUGGUUAGGGACAUUCGAUUUUCUUUAUUUCGACGUGAAUCAUCGGCAUAAGACUUUAGUUUUGUAUUUAUUCCUUUCCUUUUU